AUGACCGCGCGGUCCCCGAACGGCCGGUUCAAGGCCGGCGCGCGGGCGAUCGUUGCGGCGGGCGGCGUCCUCUUGAGGAUCGAGGUCCACGGCAAGAACAUGUUCUAUCGGAGGCGCCUCCGGAUUCGAGACAUAGAGCAGAUCAUCGAUUCCCAGACUGACGAAACCAACUCCCAGCUAGAGGGUAAUGGCGACAUUCCACUUCGUGCAACGCGCGGCACGGUGGCGGACCUCUUCGGCCGCAAGGGCGCCACGCCGUCGCUUGCAGUGCACGUGCACUUCGGCAUGGCUGGUGCCUUUGCGGUCUACAGGGGCGAGGAGCCGGAGACGACGGCCACCACGCGGCUGCGCUUGGAGACCGCGGACAGCGGACCGAAGCUCGUGGCUCACCUCUCUGCCAUGACGACCACUUACGGGACGCCGACCAAGCUCUACGAGCCCUUGAGGGUCAAGCUCGGCCAGGACCCCCUGCGGAAGGACGCGGAUCCCGAGCGCUUCGUUGCGAGCUGCGCCGCGGCGGCGAAGCCGAUCGGAGGCGUGCUCAUGGACCAGACCGUCGCUGCCGGGGUGGGCAACAUAUACCGGACCGAGGUGCUCUACGAGGCUGGCAUCCAUCCCAACCAGCCGGCCAACACCCUCACGCGGAACGAGGCCCUGAAGCUCUGGGCGGUGACCGUCAAGCAGAUGCAGGCUGGCUUCAGGACCGGGUCGAUCUGGGGCCACAAGCCCGGGGCCGCCUGCUACGGCCGGAGCACCUCGGCGUGCGGCGGGAAGGUCAAGAGCUGGGCCAUGAGCGGGCGCACCGUCUUCGCCUGCGCGAAGAAGCAGCGCCUGGCCGCCAAGCGGCCUGUCGCCGUCGCACCCGCGGCGAGGGCCGGUCUGCCGAGUGGCAAGGUGGUGUCUGCCGCCAGGGCGGAGUCCAGGAAGAGGAAGACUGGCGAGGGCCUCGGCGUUCAGCACGUGGCCCUCAAGGAAGGACGACGCCACCCGCGCAGCGGCCUUGGCGGCUGCACGGCGGCGGCCCAAGGCCCACGGCGCCGCCGCGCGCGGGCGGGUCGCACGCGCCUCCGCGCCCGGCGGCGGGGCCAAGAGGCGGCGCACCAGGACGACAGCGACGGCCAGCGCCUCCAGCCGUGUUCUGUGAGCAAUCCUGGAUCAAGUUUUCAUCAUCGAUUUUCUGGUCUUCUCCCUGGCGGGCUGCUGCCGCCGUCGGCGGAGAGGCGCCUCGAGAGCGCCCGGCAGUCCGCCAUGGGAGACCGUAGGAAGCUUUGGGGCAAUCAUGCAUGAUUGCAUUUCUCGCACCUGCCGUGCCUCGGCCUCUGGCUUGCGAUAGUGAUCGCUGGCUCGCUCUACAAUAGCCAAAGAUGAGGCGCGCGAGAGGAGCAG